AUGCCAAGACUUUCGGAGUGUGAAAUGUCACAUGGGCGCGUCCAGCGAGCGGAAAAAGGAAUCGGCAACUCCACGACAUUCUGUCGAUUUGCGCGCCCCAGCGUCGCCACGCCGUCAACUGGGAAUUGGGACUCGCACCCUUCGUCGCCAGUAAUCGUGCACAGCGUGCUGACUCCUGAUGUGUGCCUCGCGUCAACGGAAAGAGUCGUAGGCAACUACGGCUCUAGCAUCCAUUAUACUGACGCGAAACAAUGGACGAUUCCGGCGAGCACCAACUUCAUCUUUGCCGGUCUCACCUUCGUCGCCUGCUUCUUUGCCCAGGAGUCGCCUCGUUGGCUGAUCAAGAAAGGUCGAUACGAAGAAGGUCGCAAGGCGCUGAGCUAUCUGCGCAACCUCGAUGUGGAUCACCCUUUCGUUGCCGAGGAGAUUGAGGUUAUGGAGCAACAGAUCCAAGCGGAGAAGCAGGCGCUCGAGGGACUCAACUUCUUCCAGAUCCUCAAGAAGCUCGUGACCAACAAGAAUAACCAGUACAUUCUCUUCCUCGGUCUCGGUAUCCAGGUGCUCGGUCAGCUCAGCGGCGGUGGUGUCUACACAAUCUUUGCGCCCAAGAUCUUUGGGCUGCUCGGAGUUCCCGGCGGGCAGAGGACCAAGUUCUUGACUACCGGUAUUUUCGGUAUCGUCAAGUUGCUGUCGUCUCUGGCUGCUGCCUUCUUCUUGGUCGACAUGCUAGGCCGUAAGACGGCGGUCACGACCGGUCUUUUGCUGCAGAGCAUCUGCUCGCUGUAUCUCGCCCUGUUUCUCAAAUUUACAGCAGGAGUCACCAAAGCUACCGAGACGCACUCGGACAAGUCUGCUGCCACGGGCGCCAUCUUUUUCUUCUACCUCUCGGGUCUUGCCUGGGCUAUCGGUGUCAACUCGGUGCAGUAUCUCACCCAGACAGAGAUGUUCGACAUCACGGUUCGUGCGCUCGGUGUUGCCGUCGUUUCUCUGGUCCACUUUGCCAUGCAGUACGCCGCCACGCGCACGCUCAACCCGAUGCUCCAGGCCUGGGGCAACUUUGGCACCUUCUUGUUCUACGCCAUGAUCGCGCUCACAGGCUGCCUGUUUGUCUUCUUCUUCAUGCCAGAGACUGCAGGCUUGCAGCUCGAAGAUAUCCACAAGCUCUUCGAAAAACCCUGGUACGCUAUCGGCUGGACGCAGAAUCGCCCCGCCAACAGGCGCAAGGCUUCUUCAGAGGCCGCGAUGGUCGAGGAGUCCGAGGCGGCCGCCGACUUGUCAUACGACGGUCAGAAGAAGUCCAUCGACCUGACCACUGAAGACAAAAAAUAG